AAGGCAACUCAAAUUCAAUCUCAAUCUCUUUGCCCUAUAAAUCUCGAUAUAGAGACAACCUUUACGAGCCUCUCGGGAAACAAAGAGAAAGUAAAAUUAGGGUUCGUUCAACCUCGCGACUGUUUUCGUUCAGCUGCAGUUUACAACAUGCCUCGUUACGAUGAUAGGAUGGAUAGCCGUGAUAGCCGUGGUGGAGGUACCCGUCUUUAUGUUGGUCGAUUGUCGUCGAGAACACGCUCACGUGAUCUAGAAGAUGUGUUCAGUAGAUAUGGAAGAGUACGGGAUGUGGAUUUGAAGCAUGACUUCGCUUUUGUUGAAUUUAGUGAUCCAAGGGAUGCUGAUGAUGCAAGAUACAGUUUAGAUGGCCGCGAUGUCGGUGGUAGUCGAAUUAUAGUCGAAUUUGCGAAAGGGGGGCCACGUGGAGGUGGUGGUGGACGUGGCGGAGAUGGUGGUCGCGGUGGAUCUCGUGGAGGAGAGAGAGAGUACCUAGGUAGAGGUCCUCCUCCUGGAUCUGGCCGUUGCUUCAACUGUGGUCUUGAUGGUCACUGGGCUCGGGAUUGUAAAGCUGGAGACUGGAAGAACAAGUGUUACCGGUGUGGAGAUAGAGGCCACAUCGAAAGAAACUGCCAGAAUAGUCCAAAAAGCCUCAAACGUGGGAAGAGUUACUCACGGUCACCAUCAAGAUCACCAUCACCUCGUCGUGGCAGAAGUAGGAGCCGUAGUUUCAGCCGUAGCCGUAGUGGCAGUCGAUCGAGAUCUCCUGCAAAGAGAGUGCGUAGCAUUGAGCGUGAGGAAAGGAGAUCAAGGAGUCCCCGUGACAGCAGGAGCCCUAAGAGGUCAAAGAGAACCUCUCCACCACCAUCCAAAGGUAGAAAGCGCAGCCCAAUCUCUGGUGAAAACAGUCCACGUGAAAGAGGAUCUGUCUCACCCGGUGGCCGUAGAACUGACUACAGUCAGAGUCCUAGAAGGGCAAAGAGUAGAAGCCCCAUAAGCCGAGACGAGAGCCCCACAGGUCGUAGCCCUCGUAAAGAAAAUGGACGAGGUCACAGCCCUAGUCCAUUGAAUGGUAAAAGCCCAGUCGCUGGUGAUAAUGAUGAUAAUCAUCAUUCCCCAAGGGGUAGCGAUUAGAAGUGCAUCAUGAAUUAUGAUGAUGAUAUCGUUGGCAACAAAUGACAUGUACUGAGCUGUUAUUUUCUUGUUUACUUUUACCUUUUCAGUGACAUUGCUGCAGUUUAUGAAUUGGCAUGAGACCUUAUAUAUGUAUUAUUAAUAUGCGAAUUUUUUUGGGAUGAUUUCUUAUA